CUUUGAAGGGGGGGCCGGAAUCCUGCGUUUUAAAAACUCUCCCUUUCUCGCUCGGAAAAGGAAGCAAACAAGCGAGGGGCCAGCCCGCCAGGGAGCAGCAAGAUCAAAGCGCGUUUGGGAAGGGCAGACGCCGCCAGGGAGCGACCGGAUCAAGGUGCUGCGAGCUGAUCCGCAGAUCGGGAGAGAGCUGCUCCUGUAAAGCUCUGCUUGGAAGAGGCGAACAAAAACAGACCUAUCGGGGCGAAAAGGAACGGGGAUCUUCGGAUGUUUUACUGUGGAUUUUCUUCCCCCCUUCUCGACCACAGAUUUUUCUUCUUCCUUCGAAACGACCAGAUCUAAAUUAUUUUUUUCUCUGUUUUUUUUUUUAGUUUUUGGCUCGCCCCCAUCCCCAUUUUUGUAAACACCAGGUUUCCUCUUCCCCCUUCUGCACUUUUGGGCUGGAUUUAGCACCUACUUUGAUCACCUAAGGAUCUAAAAUCUUGUGCCUUUUUUUUCCUUUGCAACAUUAAAGAAAAUAUAUUUUUUUUUGUUUGGAAACGAAACUCCCUCCGCAUCACCUCGCCCGAGGGCUUCUCCUUUGAACCACCGCUGAAGAAAAUACUUCCAUAUCCCGUGGAGUUUCUUUGGACCGGGGGAGGGGGGCAGAGGGCAUGUUUCGCUCUUCCCAAAUCACCCCAGACCCCUUUCUUUGCCUCUUAGUGGAUAAUCCCCCCACCACACGCACGCUUUAAAGAAACUGUAGGGGUUUCCUCCUUUUUGCUGUUGUUUUUGUGGAUCUAGAAGGAUUUGCGAAGAGAGGGAGCAAGGCAGACUUGAACCCGAGCCUUUUCCCAAGAGACUGGCGCAUGCUUCACCUUGCUUCGCCUGCGUCUCCCGCAGCAGGCAGCGCGCGGCGGCCGGCGCCCCCAUCUCCCCCCGGCUCCGUCCUCUGUUUCCACUUCAUCCCCAUCAUUUCAGGCUGCUUCUACUGGCUGCCUGGACUCGGCUCCCGGAUUCUUCAUGAGUUGCGGACGACAUGCCCGUUUUUUAGCCGGGGAACCUUCUUCUCGUCCCGCAUGUUCAGGACCAAACGAUCGCUGCUCGUCCGAAGACUCUGGCGGAGCCGUGCGCCCGGCGGGGAGGAAGAAGGCGGCGAGCUUGGAGAGGGGGCCGCCGACAGCCGGGCGCAUGGGGCGGGAGGCGGCGGCGGAGGAAGCCGGGGUUGCUGCAUGGGCAAGUCGGGGAAGCUCGCCAAGGCACACCUCGGAUCGGAGGCUGAACUGAAAGCGCUGACCCACUCGGUGCUGAAGAGGCUGAAGGAGAAGCACCUGGAGGGCCUCCUGCAAGCCGUGGAGUCCCGGGGGGGCACGCGGACCUCCUGCCUCCUGUUGCCCACCAAGGUGGACUCCAAACUGGGCCAGCAUUGGUACUCGCUCCCUCUGCUGCUGUGCAAAGUCUUUCGGUGGCCCGAUCUCAGGCACUGCUCGGAAGUCAAGAGGUUAUGUUGCUGUGAAUCUUAUGGGAAAACGCACCCGGACCUGGUCUGCUGCAACCCCUAUCACCUCAGCAGGCUCUGUGAACUAGAGUCUCCCCCUCCUCCUUAUUCGAGAUAUCCAAUGGAUUUUCUCAAACCAAGUGCAAGUUGUCCAGACUCUGUGCCUUCCUCCACUGAGACAGGGGGAACUAAUUAUCUGGCCCCUGGGGGGCUUUCAGAUUCCCACGUUCUGCAAGAGCCAGGGGAUCCUUCACACUGGUGCGUGGUUGCAUACUGGGAAGAAAAAACACGCGUGGGCCGGCUGUAUUCUGUCCAAGAACCGUCCCUGGAUAUCUUCUAUGAUCUACCUCAGGGGAAUGGCUUCUGCCUCGGACAGCUCAACUCGGACAAUAAAAGCCAGCUGGUGCAGAAAGUCCGCAGCAAGAUUGGCUACGGCAUCCAGCUGACCAAGGAGGUCGACGGGGUGUGGGUUUAUAACCGCAGCAGUUACCCCAUUUUCAUCAAGUCGGCCACACUGGACAAUCCCGACUCCAGGACGUUGCUAGUGCACAAGGUGUUCCCAGGCUUUUCCAUCAAAGCGUUUGACUACGAGAAAGCGUACAGCUUGCAGAGGCCCAACGACCACGAAUUCAUGCAGCAGCCGUGGACUGGCUUCACCGUUCAGAUCAGCUUUGUGAAAGGCUGGGGCCAGUGUUAUACGAGACAGUUCAUCAGCAGUUGCCCUUGCUGGUUGGAGGUUAUUUUCAAUAACCGAUGAUGACUCAAGAGACUUAGGCCGGACUCAACAAUGACCUUUUAUAACUACUUUGCUGCUAAAUAUCUCCUUCUGAGUGCUUGCUUUUUCAUGCAAACUUUUUUUGUUCGUUUGUUUUCUGUUUUGAGAAAUAGCUUAUGGAAAGAUUUCUCUCUCUGUGUUUCUUUUCCUUUUCUUUUCUUUUUCAGUUUUGGUAUUUCGAUAAGUUUCUUUUCUUCUUUAAAGUGUGAAUGACCAAUAACUCAGAAGGGGGAAAGGAAGGCACGUGGGAACGGGGGUGGGAUGGGGUGGAGUGGAGAAGAGUUUCACUUGAACGUACUUCAUUCAUUAGUGGGUCAUUUUGUACCCUUUAAGUUAUUGCCCGAAUGUGGUGGGAGGAAUUGGACGCAGCUUGGUUUAUACAUAGCUCCCUCUCAAAUUCAAACAGUGGUACAGGUUCCUGCCCCCCUUCCUCACACCCUCUUUGUGAACACACAUCAAUUUGGAGACCUGUGUUUGCUCCCAGAGUUCUUGCGCACGUGGCUUUUACCCUGCUUGUUUCAGUCGAGGGAUCAGAUCUACACAUGCACAACGAGGGAUACAACGAAUGGAAAGGCUGGAGAUCUCCAAACGCACAUUGGAGUUGCCAUGCUUGUAGGAAGGAAAGAAGGAUAACCUCUUUGGUUUGCCUUGCAAACUCGGUGCUAAACCAUUUGCAGGAGUCUGCCGCUGUGCGAUGCCUUUGUGCCGAUCUCGAAGCAACAUGCAUUUCAUUUCGCUGCAGCUUCUGCCCUUUGUGGCAGAUCAAUCCAUCUGCUGUUUGUCACAAACACACCAACUCCUUUGCUGGUAUGAAGGAAGCCGACCCUCUGCAGUGACGGAAAACCUAUUGUGGGUCCCUGGUGCCGAGCGAAUGUCCACAGCCCACAUAAAGACAAGCAGAGUCAGAUUAGGGAGCAAAUGCAGCCGAGUAAAUCUUUUGCCAACAAUCUUACAACCUUUUCUUCUCUUUUUCUCCCCCCUUCCUGCCCUCUCCACUGCGGCCAUCUGCUGCUUUAACACUUCAUGUCUGUGUCAUUUGGGGGUGGGGGCGAGAAGCAUGGGCUCGGAAGGGCAUGCCCAUUUUCCCAUUGCGCUUAGUGAUCAUUUGUGAUGCCAGGAAAACAAUUAAGGUGCAUGGCCUGUGCUUUUCAAAUUGAUCUGCGAUGCAGACUUGUUUCAGACCUUUUUCUUUUUUUUAAUAAAAAAAAAAGACGAAAGGGAAUUUCAGUAUUUAUCCCCUUGUAACCUGCCCUGAUCAGGUUUGCAACAGUACUGUUCGCAUCCAGAAAUUGCAGUCAUUCAUUUAUUUCUUCUUGAAUUCAUACACUUAGUAUGAUAAUUUUACACUGUUCUUAGCUCAAUGAGCAUGUUUAGACCUUAACAUAAGCUAUUUUUCUAAAUAUAAAAGGUUUAAGUGAACAAGAGAAGCAUUCUCAUUGGAAUUUUAGCAUUGAAGUGCUUUGGAAAACAAAAAACAAAACAACAACAAAAAAAGAGACUCCUUUAAAAAAAGAAACCCUGAGAUUUAUUAAAAGAAAAAAAUGUAUUUUAUGUUAUAUAUAAAUAUAUUAUUACUUGUAAAUAUAAAGACGUUUUAUAAGCAUCAUUAUUUAUGUAUUGUGCAAUGUGUAUAAACAAGAAAUAAGAAAAGAUGCACUUUGCUUUAAUAUAAAUGCAAAUAACAAAAUGCCAAAUUAAAAAAAAAAAGAUAAGAUC